CGACCUCCUUGUAUCCGGCGGAGGAAGACGCCGCGGCCAGACCUUGCUCAACUUCGCCUUCAACAACACACCUCGCAUCUCCCUCCUACUGCUCCGCGCAAUGGCCGCCUCACCGAUCGUCAGGUGGAUCAUGGCAGGUCUUCUGACUCUCUCCCUCUUCACCGUCACCGCUGCUGUGUCCGCGUUGAAGCCUGACGCUCUGCAGUGUGGCGCCUGUGACCCGAGCCGCUGCCCAGCCAUCGGAGAGUGUCACCGUGGCAUUACCUGGGACGUGUGUAACUGUUGCGAGGUGUGCUCCAAGGAUAUCAAUGAGGAGUGUGGCGGUCCGUGGGAAGCUUAUGGGAAGUGUGGCAUUGGACUGACCUGCCUGAGGGACGCCCGAGAGUGUCCCUACUUGUUCAACCCUCGAGGCACCGCUUCCGACACUGGCUCUAAUAUAUGCGACGAAUACCUCUUUAACGCCAUCGGUCGCUGCGUGCAGAACGAACAAAUGAUGCACUCCCCACACUCCCCGUUCAAGGGCAACCUGGUGAAGAAGAUACUGGAGGGGAACCGUCAGGAGAUGGAGCAGGAGAAUGACCUGACGGAGUCCAUGGUGGGGAAGAGACUGAUGCUGAAGGGCGUGCUGAGAGGGGUGGAGUACUGAACACACCUCGCUGACAUCCCCGCCACCCUCCCCCCAGCCAUCCUCAAAGUAAUGCUGAAGUUAAUUAAGUAUUUUGAGAAGGGUAGGAUGCAAGACCCUUCAGUAAGCACUCAGUCAUUUUUCUCCCUAUCACCCUCACGGCCUCAAAGUAAUGGGGAAGUUAUAUAACCAUGCUAACAAGUGUUUUUUGAGAUUGAUAAGACACUUAAAUAGCCACUUAGUCAUUCUUCCCAGCCACCUCGCUCCAUCCAGCCUGAUUCUAGUAUAAUGCAAAAGUUUAUGAUGGUUUACUUCACAAUGCUGCCUUUGUAUCGCUCCUUUUUAUCUCUUUCUUAUCUAUAAAACCCUGUGAAGCUCGGGAGUCGAUUUUCCUUUGUGAAUAACCGCUGGAAAAAUCGAUUUAGUGGAACUGCGUAACUACCAGCUCACACAUUCAUCUUAAACGAAUCACGAGGCAAAGAUUUCUAUGUCACUCAUUCAUCGCGAGAACGAGAAACAUCACUUUGAAUAACACAAAGACCAGUUCUAAUACUAUGUGACCCGUACGAACUCUGAUAUGAAGUAGAAUAAAAAAAAGAAAAAAGAAUCUGACAGCCUCUUUACACAAACACUUUAUCAGCCAUUAAUCAAUUCGCCGUGAAAAACAAGAAUUUCCACUUUAUACCACGUAAAAACUGAAAAUUCUUUUGAUAUACGGAACGAUAAGCCAUGAUAAGGAAGAGUAGGAGUGAGAUAAGGAUUGGUGAGGCUGGUGGAGGUGAACAGGGAGAGACGCGCUGAGUUGCAAAUCACGAUGAAGUUGCUCCCUCUUGUGUCCUGCUUGAGCGCGUUUCAGAAAUCACGCGGCCUCGAUUGGUAAAAAGCUGUUAUGUUCAACCUCUUGUAUGAUUUUAUGCUGCUGAUGAUGAUGUAUAAGAUUAAUAAAUGCUCUCACCUUC